AUUAUCGCCAGUGAAGUUUCUGUUAUGCCAAUCAAUUGUCUAACAAAAUCGUGCUUGAAAAAACAAACAAAUUCAAACAUUUAAGAAAUAUAACUUUGCUAGGCACCUUACAGAUGUUACUACCAAAAAUGUGCAUGAGAACAACUUUUACCUUAUUGGCAGCGGUUGCCAUUACAGCAGCGCAAUCUGAAAUGGAAGCUAUAUCUGUUGAGGAUAUUUGUAAACAGAUGCCACCAAACAUCUUUAUUUUGCGUCCAAAUUCAUGCGACAAUUGGAUUCAAUGUCCCACCGCACUUAAUGCCCAAGAAUAUGAUGAAGGCUUCUGUGCAUUUGGCUUAUAUUUUAACAAAGAUAAAAGUCGUUGUGAAUCAUCAGAAGACGUGACAUGCCCCUUCGAGAAUACCGGAAACUAUGAUGAUAACCAUUGCGCUUCAAUGAAAGAUGGCACAUUUUUGGCAGAUCCCAAAAAUUGCAACAGUUACAUCUUUUGUAUGAAUGGUCAGGAAGCGUAUUCAAAUUGUCCCAAAGAUUUAGUAUUCCAUCCCAAGAAAGGUUCUUGUGUUUAUUCAAGCGAAUAUCGUUGCCCAAAGCAAACAGAGAAGUCAACUUCAAGCCCAAUUUGUAAUUCGAUACCUGAUGAUACAAUUUUCGCCGACAUCACGGAUUGUACAAAAUACCAGCAAUGUGUGAAAGAUGGCAAACUACAAUCGUUGCAGUGUGCAGAAGGUCAAGCAUUUAAUUAUACGACAUUGAAGUGUGUAGCCCGAAAGGAGGCAAUUUGCCAUCCUUUAGCACCAGAACUCGAACCUGAAAUCGAAAUUUGCGGAACGGAGAGCCUUGCACGAGUAGGCUAUAUUUCCGACGAUCAAUCAUGUAGUGCUUAUUAUAUAUGUGCCAAGCAGAACGAUGGAAAACCUGAUCGAAAACCUCUUCAUUUAAAAUGUCAAGAAGGAUACUUUUUUGAUAACGCAACUUGGUCAUGUCGUGACCGUCUGAAUGUCAAAUGCUCUUUAGACCGUUGCGAAGGAAUGGAUAACAAAUAUGUCAACGUGGCUGGGGACUGUAGUGCAUAUGCUCGCUGUAAAAAUGGCGCAACAAUCGCUAGUGGUAAAUGUGACACAAAUUACUUCUUCGAUGAACGUACUCAAGGCUGCACUCCACUUAAUAUCAGCUAUAUAGCCUGUUCAGCCUAAAAGUAGCUAUGUGAAAUUAUGCGACAAAACUCUUUUGGCAACAAUUAUUGAUUAUGUUUUUAGAUAAGCAAAUAUACCAAAAAAUGGUUAAAAACAUUAUAAUA